AAAUAUAUUUAAGUUUUUUUAAUGCAAAAUAGAUAGUGUGCGGCUAAAUCCAGUAGGAGGCAGUAGUGCAAUUUAGAGGACAGCAGCUGUCCGAGAAACCACAAAUAGAAGGAGACCUGGCACUGGGUGGCCCACUUUGCCUCUGUAGUCUUUGGUCUGCUUUAGAGGGAACCCAAAGAAAACAUGGCACUGGAGAAACACAGGAAAGAAGAAACUCUCGCAAUGAGGAGGAGGUUAAUUGGGCAGUCGUGUAGACUGUUUUAUUCAGACGACCCUGUGAAAAUUGUGAGAGCAAGAGGCCAAUAUCUCUUUGAUGAAAACGGCAUGCGCUAUCUGGACUGCAUCAGCAACGUCCACCAUGUGGGCCACUGUCACCCCAGCAUUACUGCAGCUGCAGCAGCACAAAUGGACCUCCUGAACACAAAUUCAAGAUUCCUGCACGACAACAUAGUCAUGUAUGCAGACCGCCUGGCUGCCACCCUGCCUGAGAAACUAUGUGUGUUCUACUUUGUUAACUCUGGUUCAGAGGCCAAUGAUCUCGCCCUACGCUUGGCACAUCAGUACACCCAGCAUGAGGACGUCAUUGUGGUUGACCAUGCAUACCAUGGGCAUCUAAUGUCCCUCAUCGACAUUAGUCCUUACAAGUUCCGGAAACUGGCAGGACAGAAAGAAUGGGUUCAUGUGGUGCCGUUACCAGACACCUACAGAGGCAUAUACAGAGAGGAUCACCCAGACCCUGGCCAAGCAUACGCUGACACAGUAAAAGACCUAAUAGAAGAGGUGCACAAGAAAGGUCGUAAGAUCUCGGCCUUCUUUGCGGAAUCAUUGCCAAGUGUCGGAGGACAAAUCAUCUUGCCCAAAGGAUACUCAACCAAAGUUGCAGAAUACGUGCGUUCUGCUGGCGGUGUGUUCGUGGCAGAUGAGGUGCAGACAGGAUUUGGCCGUGUGGGAAGUCAUUUCUGGGCGUUCCAGCUGCAUGGGGAGAGUUUCUGUCCCGACAUAGUGACCAUGGGUAAACCAAUGGGCAAUGGGCAUCCCCUGGCAUGUGUGGCGACCACUGUAGAAAUAGCCUCAGCUUUCACAGCCAACGGAGUGGAGUACUUCAAUACGUUCGGAGGGAAUCCAGUGUCCUGCGCAAUUGGCCUUGCAUUGCUUGAUGUGAUAGAGAAAGAGGACCUAAGAGGAAACGCCACAAGAGUGGGAGCACAUCUUAAAGAUUUGCUCAAAAAGCUACAAACACGACAUCCAGUGAUUGGCGAUGUCAGGGGCGAGGGACUGUUUGUGGGUAUCGAGCUGGUUACAGACAGGAAGCAAAGGACUCCUGCCACAGAAAAAGCAGCACAUGUGGUAAAGAGGUUAAAAGAGGAGGAUAGAAUCUGCGUCAGUACAGACGGCCCCUGGGAGAGCGUCAUUAAGUUUAAACCUCCAAUGUGUUUCAGUAUGGAGGACGCAGAGCUGGUGGUACAAUGUAUUGACCGCAUCCUCACAGACAUGGAAGCCAGGGACACUUAAACCGGAAAAGGAAGACAUCUAAGGUGUUCAGUGCCAUUUUGAGGCAUCACUUCACUAGAAUGAGAUGCAAGCAGUUGCAUAACUGAUGGAGAUGCCAGCCACAGGAUAUUGUUGCCACCUUAAAGAUGGCCCACUAUGCAAGAUGCUAAUAUAACACUAAUAAAUGGCAACAAAUCUUUGUUUUUUUUAAUCAUGAACUAAUAAAGCCGUUUUAAAUAGUGAGUCCUUUCUUAUGUUAUAUAAUAAGUCCCAACUUACAACACUGAUCAGCAACAUGUUCUCAAUAGACAGUACGGUUGAGAUAAGGACUUACCAGACCACUAUCUUUACCUCUUGGUCACAUUCAUAAAAAUGCCCUAAGUACUGCAGUUUCACAUCUAGUGGGGUGGGUAUUAACACUCAGCCAGUUAUCCUGCAGGCAGUGAAGCCCUCUCCCACAGCUUCCCAAAGAGGCAUCCGUAG